ACAAGAUGGCAGAUGAUCAAUUAUUUGUUCUCUUAUAAUAAUAUGAAUUAUUCGAUUCGAGUUUUGGAAAUCCCAUUAUUAUCAACGUUUUUAUAUGAUAAUAUAUCAAUAUAAUUGUGCUGCAAAUAGUUCAUUGCUUAAGACGCCAACAGCACGAGUGGAGUGGCAUUUCAAAGAUGUGGGACAUAAUAGUGUCCGUACUGGCGGUGCUCUUUGCUUUAACAUGUCGACCUGUGGUCACUGACGAAAGUGUAACGGAAUCAAUUUUGGAGGCGGGCUUGCUGUCAACUCCUGCAACCACUGAUGUAGAUACAACGACUUCUUCACAAGGAGAGCUACAGUCGGACAAUGAGAUAGUCAGUAGCCCCCAAACAACAUCAGCGUUGAUCGGCGAAAUCGCACAAGAUUCGGACAUUGGUUUCCCUCCGACCACUUUGGCGACCACCGCAUCUGCUACGGUUGAGGAGAGCUCAGUCAAAGCUGUAGCCGAGUCUAAUUUGGACGACGUUCUAGCUUACAAAGAGUCAGAAAUUGCCGAUGGCUACUCCAGCGAGGAAGAAGCAUCCUCUCAAAGCACAACUUCAACGCCAACUCAAAUCAGUGAUGCGUCUAGUUUGCCUUUCGAGAACGAUAGCUCGCCCACCAUCUUGGAAGCCGUGCCCCCGGAAAACAAUGCAUUCGACUCUUCAGUAGACACCCCCGUCUCGGCACAGAACAUUUCAAACGAUACAGUUCUGGUCGUGACUCCAACAGCUACAAAAAUGGUGGACAGUGUCGAAGAAACAGAGCAAGUGGUUAUUCCACCGCCUCCGCCAGCGACCAACGACACAGCUCAGAAUAAGACUGGUGAGGCCAUUGCUGAAGUAGAUCUGCAGAAUGAGAGUUUAGAGACUUCCAUAGGGAACGAAGACAAAGACAAGCUCCAGGCUGUGUAUUUGAACCAUUUAAAAAACUUGAAAAAAGUAUUGCACUGUGAGCUGAAGUUAAAGGCUUGUCAGCAACAGAUAGAGUUCCAGAAGCGAGGCUAUUGCGACCUCGUUUUCAAGCAAUGUUUGUUACAAAUACAAAAAGAACAAGAGGGAAAUGCUCAAAAAAGGUCACUACUUGACCCCAUUACCACCAAACAGGAAGCAGCUUUACCUGUUCCCCUGACCAAUCUUCUAGAGACGGUUCUAACCUUACUUGGGAAUGCAGCAAAUCAGGUUGGCAAUACCAAGCCGGAUCAACUCCUGGUCAGUCCAGAAAAAAAGUGUCCUUUCACGAACGAGCCCUCCUUACCCAGCGAGGCUCCUAACGUUAUUCCAGCUGUUACCUGUGAUACUCCUUUGGUUGCUGACGAGUGUACAGUAUCAGGCCAGGACUCUGUCAGAGAAAAUUUUGUGCCUAUUAUAGAACCGCUAAAAAAUGUCCCAUCUUCCACUAAUUGUGAAUGCAUGCAAUCUUUGUCUGACGGUCUGGUAUCGGGUCUGACAAAAGGAAUCACAGAUGGUUUGGGCAACAGCAUUCAGGACAUCCUCAAAUCCGUAACGGAACAACUAGCUGAUGUCUUCUCAAAGAGUCUUGCAGAAUCCCUCGCUAAAUUACUUUCCUCUUUAAACACUAUUAUAAACUCUGCCCUGACAUCCUUGACUGGGAUCACCAACCUCAGAAUGGAUGAACUUUUAAAGACAAAGCUAGAUAAAGUCACUGACCUCCUGAAUAUUCUUCCACUGAAAGAUGUUGGUGUCGAAAACACUCUGGGCGUGCUGGAGAACGUUGUCAAGCCCUUAGAUUCACUUCUAGAGAGUGCCACCAACACCGUUGGGAAUUUGUUGAACUCAGCUGGCUCCCUUAAUGCUGCCGGUACAAUAAAUAGUGCUGUCAAACCGAUAGAGCCCAUUGUUAGCGACAUCACUAAUGCUGCAGGCAAUUUAGCGGAGUCUUCGGGCAUACUUACUUCAGCUAUCAGUGCUACUGAACCAGUUGCAACAAUAACAGGUGCUGUGGAGCCUGUUGUGUCACUUCUUAAUAAUGUUGGCAGCAAUGUUGGGAAUCUCGUGAAUACUGUUGAAACACUCACUUCUGCAGUUAAUAAAAUAAGUAACGCGAUGGGGCCUGUAACUGGUACAGCUUACACUGUUGCUUCACUUGCUGGUGAUGUACCUUCACUGACAAAUGCAAUCAACCCUGUCACCUCACUAACUGGUGCUGUCAGUGCUGUUCCUUCAAUAACUAGUGCAACACAACCUGUCUCUACAUUAACUGGUGCUGUCAGUGCUGUUCCUUCAAUAACUAGUGCAACACAACCUGUCUCUACAUUAACUGGUGCUGUCAGUGGAGUUCCUUCACUGCCAAGUGCAACACAACCUGUCUCUACAUUAACUGGUGCUGUCAGUGGAGUUCCUUCACUGCCAAGUGCAACACAACCUGUCUCUACAUUAACUGGUGCUGUCAGUGGAGUUCCUUCACUGCCAAGUGCAACACAACCUGUCUCUACAUUAACUGGUGCUGUCAGUGGAGUUCCUUCACUGCCAAGUGCAACACAACCUGUCUCUACAUUAACUGGUGCUGUCAGUGGAGUUCCUUCACUGCCAAGUGCAACACAACCUGUCUCUACAUUAACUGGUGCUGUCGGUGGAGUUCCUUCAAUGACAAGUGCAACACAACCUGUCUCUACAUUAACUGGUGCUGUCGGUGGAGUUCCUUCAAUGACUAGUGCAACAGAACCUGUCUCUACAUUAACUGGCACUGUCAGUGAAGUUCCAUCACUGACAAGUGCAACUAAUUCAAUUUCUACACAAAGCGGUUUAACUAGUCCGUUAGCUUCCAUAACUGGUGCAUCCGCCCCAGUUUCUUCACAGACUCUUGCAGUCCAACCGGUUUCAACUCUGAAUAGUGCGACCUAUUCUGUUGCUGCACCUACGAACACUUUAACAGCCAUUAAUCCACCAACAGGAUUGUUGGGUCUUCUUGGGCGACGUAUUGUUAAAUAAAAUGUCUCUUGUACAGAUUCUAUUUCAAUACACCUGAAUAUGCUGAAUAAUU